UUCUGCCCAUCUCGCCCCGUUUUAGAGCAGCGGAGUCUUUUGGUGUUCUCCCGUGGGUUCCUCCAGCGGCUCUCUCUCUCUCUCACUGCUUCCUUUUCCUAUGGUAGUUCUUCGCUCCGACAGGGUUUCGGGAAUGGCCGACGAGAGCAAAACGGAGAAAGAUUCUUCCGCUGGCUCACCGACUUCCGUUCUCAACGACAAGGACAAAUGUGAGGAGAAAAGUAUAACCGGCGGGGAUGAAAAUAUACUUAAUGCAAAAGAAGGAGAUGCAUCUCUUGUACCUGAAACGAUGGCCAAGGAAGAAGAACAGCUGCUGAAAGCUCGGGAAGAUGAAGAGAGGGACAAUGGCAUAGGGUCAGUAGAAGCACCUCAGCUGGAUGAUAACCAGUUUACCAAACUGGAUGAGCUCUUGACCCAAACCCAGCUUUACUCGGAGUUUCUUCUUGAGAAAAUGGAGGAUAUCACGGUUAAUGCUGUUGAGGUCCAGAACGCUGAGCCUGAGAAGAAGGGUCGCAAAAGAAAGACUGCUCCUCAGUAUAACAAUGUGAGGAAGGCCAAGAGAGCUGUUGCUGCAAUGAUCAGUAGAUCUAAACAAGGUGAUGAAGUCUCUGACUUGGACCUGACUGAGGAAGAAAGAAUGGAAAAAGAGCAGAAAGAACUAGUGCCACUUCUGACCGGUGGAAAGUUGAAAUCUUAUCAGCUCAAAGGUGUUAAAUGGCUUAUAUCAUUAUGGCAAAACGGCUUGAAUGGAAUCCUAGCUGAUCAGAUGGGCCUUGGAAAGACGAUUCAGGCAAUUGGUUUCCUGGCGCAUCUGAAAGGAAAUGGGCUGGAUGGUCCAUAUCUAGUAAUAGCUCCUCUGUCUACUCUCUCAAACUGGGUGAAUGAAAUCUCUAGGUUUGCGCCCUCCUUGAAUGCAAUCAUCUACCAUGGAGAUAAGAAACAGAGGGAUGAGCUGAGGAAGAAGCACAUGCCCAAAACUAUCGGACCAAAGUUCCCUAUAGUUGUUACUUCUUAUGAGGUUGCUAUGAAUGAUGCUAGAAAAUGUCUGCGGCACUAUGCAUGGAAAUAUGUUGUCAUUGAUGAGGGCCACAGGUUGAAGAACCACAAGUGCAAAUUGUUGAAGGAACUAAAGCACUUGAGGAUGGAUAACAAACUUCUGCUGACAGGCACACCUCUGCAGAACAAUUUGGCAGAGCUAUGGUCACUAUUAAAUUUCAUUUUACCCGACAUUUUUGCUUCGCAUGCAGAAUUUGAAUCAUGGUUUGACCUAUCUGGUAAGAGUGCCAAUGGAACAAACCAAGAAGAAAGAGAAGAGACGAGAAGGGCUCAGGUUGUGGCAAAACUUCAUGCUAUACUACGUCCAUUCAUCCUGCGGAGAAUGAAGAGUGAUGUAGAACAGUUACUUCCUCAGAAAAAGGAGAUUAUUAUUUACGCUACAUUGUCUGCUCAUCAGAAAAAAUUCCAGGAUCAUCUUCUGAAUCACACACUGGAGAAACACCUUCUAGAGGAUGCUGUGCCGGGCCGUGGCAUAAAAGGUAGACUUAACAACCUGAUGGUUCAACUUCGGAAGAACUGCAACCAUCCUGACCUUCUGGAGUCACAGUUUAAUGGGUCAUAUCUCUACCCUCCUGUUGAAGAAAUUGUUGAACAGUGUGGGAAAUUCCGCUUACUGGAGAGAUUGCUUGUUCGGUUACUUGCCAGAAAUCACAAAGUUCUGAUCUUCUCCCAAUGGACAAGAGUUUUGGAUAUUAUGGAUUACUACUUCAGUGAAAAGGGCUUUGAAGUCUGCAGAAUUGAUGGCAGAGUGAAACUGGAUGAAAGGAAGAGACAGAUCGAGGCCUUCAACGACAAGGAGAGUGACUGUAGGAUAUUUCUUCUCAGCACCAGGGCUGGCGGUCUGGGUAUCAACCUAACUGCAGCAGAUACAUGUAUACUCUAUGACAGCGACUGGAACCCUCAAAUGGAUUUGCAGGCCAUGGACAGAUGCCACAGAAUCGGUCAGACAAAGCCAGUUCAUGUUUAUAGGCUCGCCACAGCUCAGUCGGUUGAGGGGCGCAUCCUCAAAAGAGCAUUUAGUAAGCUUAAGCUUGAGCAUGUGGUGAUUGCGAAAGGACAGUUUCAUCAAGAGAGAGCUGCUAAGUCAUCAGCAUUAGUCGAGGAAGAGGACAUUAUGGCAUUGCUGAGGGAUGAUGAAACCGAGGAGGAUAAACUAAUACAGAGGGACAUAGGAGACGAGGAUCUGGAGCGGCUGCUGGACAGGAGUGACCUCGUUGGUUCGGUCACAGAAGGAGCCUUUCCCCUAAAGGGUCCUGGCUGGGAAGUUGUCCUUCCCACCUCUGCUGGUGGAAUGCUGUCAACUCUCAACAGCUGAUUCCUGUUUUUUUUUUGUUUUUUGGAACAAUUGAAGCAGAGAAGAGGAGAGAGCCUUUAGGUUAUUUUUUGUUUUUUGAAGGCAGCUGCUGCUCUCUCGUUAAGUUAGGGCCCUCUGGUGUUUUUUUUUUUUGGGGGGGAGAGGGGGCAAAUCGCGGAUGGAAUGGUAUGAUAUGAUCGGUUAAUGGAGAAGAAUGUUCCUAUUUC